GGCUACUACCACUUCGCAGUCACCGGGAUCGCGGGAAGCGGCAAGUCGUCUCUCAUCAACGCCUUCCGCGGCCUGCGCAACCGCGAUGCAGAGGCUGCUGCGACUGGCAUCGCGGAGACGACAUUGCAGACGGCUCGCUUCCCCGACGCAGACCCGGCCAACCACGUCGUAUGGUACGAUAUCCCGGGCGCGGGGACGCUAAAGAUCCGCGACUGGCAGUACUUCAACGACCAGGGCCUCUAUGUCUUCGACGCGCUGGUCGUCCUCGUCGGCAAUCGCUUCACAGCCACCGAUGUUGCCAUUCUGCGCAACGCACGCCUGUUCAAUAUCCCGUGCUACAUCGUCCGCUCAAAAGCAGAUGCACACAUCCGCAACGUGAUGAUUGACAUGGGAUAUGACAGCGACGACGACGAGCAGGACACGAGAAGCCGAGGGACACUCGAGGCUACGGCUCGAGAGCACUUUGUCAGCGCGACAAGGAAUAACGUGCGGGAGAACUUGCGCAACGCGGACCUCCCCGACCAGAUGGUGUACAUCCUCUCUAACUCGACAAUGCUGAGCGUCGUCAAGGGU